GCGAAAGCGUGGGUAAGGUGCGUGUACCGCUGUCUAUAAUUGUAUCGAAUAUUCAGAUAAAAAAAAAAUAAUAAUUUUAUGAUAUUCUAAGUGGCUUAAUUGAAAAAGACCAAGUGUGAUAGAAUUCCACCAACCGAUUUCAAAUUUAACGAAGCACUAACGGAUUCCUUCGUAAUCCAUCAACAACAACAAUAUGUCAGCAAUUAACAUGAUGCGCACCGGCGCACCACUACUACUGCUCUGCGUAGCCUUCCUAUGUUGUAGCAUAGGCAUCACGCAUGCGCAAGAGAAUAUUAUGCCACAAAUUCCGCCCUCACUGGUGGAAUGCUAUAAUACCAGUUACUUUAUGAAUCGACAAAAUCGUCUGCCAGCCACAAUCGAAACGCUGAUUUCACUGAUCGAAAAAGUGGAGAACACGCCCACCUACAACUAUGACAUGCGCACGCUCACGGUGGCGCUGCUGCAGCGCUUUCGCCAAGAUGGCAUACAGCGCGCUUAUGGUGUAGCCGAAUCGCCUGGCGUAAUACCAUACAGUCCAACCGGUUUUCAGUUUCCAAAGUUCCGCAUAUUACUAUCACGUCUGAUACCCGGUAAUGCCUUAACUUUCCCCAACAACACGCUUACACGUGAGGAGCGUUGCUCGCUACAUUUUAUGAUCUCCAGCUCGCUGGAUUUGCGCAUACGCGGCGAUGAAAGUCGUGUGUGUAAUAAUUUGUCACAGUAUCGGGCGCAGCGCUUACGGCGCUCUACUAAUCUGGAACGUAAAGGCGGUUUUGUCGGCGAUGUCGAGGUGUUGGAGAGUCUGAAUGCUAGAGCGCAGAAACGCGGUCUCAAGACGGGCGCUUACAAUUCGUUGGAUUACGAUUUUGGCUGGACAAAUGCGGGUACUACGGCCAGCAAUCAGAUCAGUCAAUGUCCCGUGGAGAAUGGUGUUAUUUGGACGCCAUGGGGCACAGUGUCAGCCGGUGCGCUUUUAGCUGGCGUUGCCACAGGCUUACAACAACAAACUGUACAAUUGCGCACAUUACUGGCACUAUCGAGCCGUAAUAAUGGCUACACAAAUCUGCCACAAACCGCCACCGUAGGUGUGGACAAUCGUUGGGCCGCCACACUAGCAGGCGAUCUGGCCGAAGUGGCGCUGGUGCAAGUGCCGUUCACAACCACCGAGACGGCUUCGGUAGGCGCUAAUGGCGCCUGGAAUAGUACGGUCAUGCCCGAAUGGUACUUCCUGAUGCAGCGUCAAAACUUUGAAAUGACCGACGCCGAGAUACGUGGCGGUUUGGAUGGACUGAUUAUAGCCAAGAAUAUCGUCUCGUGGCGUACACAAUCGUCAAAUAUGAAACUCUCACAGCUACUGCGCAUGUACUACUCGACGAAUGGCGUGUUGAAUAGUGGCAUCAUGGCAUGCAACCGCAAAACUAACUUCAAUACAUAUGCACCAAGCAACGAGAUGAUCGUGCAGACGAGCGCCUUCUCCCAGGUAUUGGAUCGCGAAAUGCAACUGGGUGUCACAUUGUCAGCGGCAAACAUUGCAACAUUCUCGUCGUCAGCUGCCGCUGCUCUACAAGCCUAUGUCCCUUGGAUGUACUCAGACUGCUAUGCCGCUGCGGAGACUCAGGGUAUAUACAAUAUGACCACAAUUAUGACGAAUAUAUUUGUGUUUUUGGAUACCACGUGGCCAUAUUAUUACGUCGCGGAUUAUGUUAAUUUCGUACUACAGCGACUCAAUAUAAAUCCCUACGCCAGCGCUGUCACGCUGCUUUCCGCCGCAGAUGCUACAGUAAUGGUCAACACCACGCAUUAUCUGAUGGACGUCUACGAGCAUUGGAAUAUCACAACGCACUCAUGGUAUAAGCCUGGUUUCAGCCUACCACAGAUUCUCAAUACCGCCACCGAGUUAGCGCAAAAUGUAAUGAAUAUCGAUCGCAAUACCUCUUCUUUGGGUGGCCAAUCGCUGAUCGCGCUGCUUAUUCCCAGCCCGGUAGCUUACGUGCCCGACUGGGAUAUGAACUAUGCAUUGAACUUUCUACAAAAGCUCAACUACUCAGUGCCCGACCUACAUUUUCUCUACUAUGGCGGCGGUGCGUUAAUACGUUUCAAAGAUCUGGUACGCAAUCCUCAUGAGGAUAUCUUUCCACUGGGCGAGGAGUAUGGCGUUUGGACGGCAGGCACACCGGUUGUUCAACGCAUACGUGAAAUUCCACGACGCUUAGCUAAUCCACGUUGUGGCGCCGCUAUGUACGCCAAUACGGCAGGUUCCAAUGAAAUGGUGCAAUAUGUGCGUGCUGGCGCCAUCAAUUUCUACCGCAUUAUGCCGAAUUACUUUUUCGGUUCAACGAGUUUACGUUAUCUACGCAUCACACCGCUAAGUCCGGCUUCGUUUAUUGUAUGCAGUUCGCGUACGAUACCCUUGCCAUAUCGCAAAGAUGGCACGGAUCAGCCGGAACAGGGCUGUGGCCAGACAGCUGCUACCAAUCGUUACUCGCUGGACUUGAGUGAACUCUGUGUGGGUUAUGCGCAAAUCGAGAAUUGUCCGCCGCUUUAUGUUUCCGUGCAGGCCCAACAGUUUAGCAGCAACGAGUUGUCCUGCACGAAUCCGGCUUGCGAAUUGCCCAACGCGGCGCAAUUUCUCAUUUAUGUGAACUAUUUAGUCUGUAACACAGCCACGAAACUGACAAUGAUGUCCGUGUUUACAGUUAUUUUAGGCAUAUUUUUUGGAACAACUAUUUUUGAAGUCAUGCUCGAAUAAAAGUGUCUGCAUAUAAUUAGUUAAGACAAAAUUUAAAUAUAGCCAACAAGAACUUUCUUCGACUCAGCUCACAUUGACAGCCGAGACUGCACACAUUUGAUUAGAGCUCAACUUGAAAGUAAAAUUUUCUGUAACAAGCUAUUGUAUCUUAGGGAUUAGAAGAAAGCUAUGUUGUAGUAGUUACAGGUGCGCAAUGCUUCCUGUGAUCGCAGCCUGUUUGGACCGGCUUACAAAAAAUUUUAACAGCGGUCACCCCACGCCAAAAAUAUAUAAUAUUAACUUUUUAUUGUGCUCAGAAAUCUUUUCUCUUAAAAUUCAUUAUCAUUCAGAGCCGAAUAAAGAUUCAAGAGACGCUCCACUUAUCGGAUUCUCGGAAAUGUGGAAAAACUCAGCCAAACCCCUAGCAAAAAUGUAAGCAACGAAGCUUGUCAAGCUGUCAACGAAAAUAUGGUAUAUAUGCUUUAGUGAUCCGAGCUGAACCAUAUGUUCUGAGCUUGUAUUUAGCACUGCCUUGAAUAAUAUUCCAUGCCAUAUUUUGUAAAGCCAUCUUUUCAAUAUAAGGACUUUAUUUUAAUGGAUCAGAUUGUAUGGCAGCUUUAUGCUUUAGUGGUCCGA